AUGGUCCCUAACCCAAACAAGUCACCGAUGAUAGAAAAAUCAGAGGAGAUCCCAGUUGAUGUCUUGAUUGACAUUUUCUCAAGGUUGCCACUAGAAGCCGUUGCAAGGUGCCGCUGCGUGUCGAAGCUGUGGUCCUCCGUGCUGCGUCAUCAAGACUUCACCCAAUUGUACCUGAAAGAGUCAUAUGUCCGGCCGCGUAUCUUAUUCACCUUCUUGUACAUGGAUAGGCGGUUCUUUUACUCCAUACCGCAAGAUAUAGAUCCAGAGCACAACUACGCCUUUCCUAUAACUCCUUUUUUCCACAUGCGUUUCCCAACCGGUUACGGUUCUCCCUAUGAUGUGAGUCCCUCUAUACUUGGUUUUAUCUGUACCGAAUCUAGGAAGCCGACGAUAUGUAACCCGAGUACAGGGGAGUUCAUAUCUUUACCGAUAGCCACAGCCAAGAAGCAUCAGACGAGAACGUGUUUUGGGUAUGAUCCUAUUGGUAAGAUCUUCAAGGUAUUGUGUGUGUCGGGUGAUUUUGUCUGUAGAGUUGCAACAUUAGGAACGGGAAAAGUGAGGUGGAGAAGAGUCGAAUGUUCAAGCCCCCAUCAACCUUUAGCAACGACUGAGAUAUGGAUCGGUGGCAUAAUCUACUAUUUAACUAACUCCAUGGACGAUGUAAGUCCAACAGGCUUUACGAUAGUAUGCUUUAAUGUUAGAUCGGAGAGUUACACAUUUCUUGGUGUUGAUGAGUUUCCGACUCAGUAUUCAGCUCUCAUAAACUACCAUGGUAAGCUGGGCAUAUUGUUUCAUUAUUGGGAUAUUAAAAAUUUUAAAUUUGGUUUUGAGCUGUGGGUUCUAGAGGAUGCGGAUGAAGCCAAAUGGUCCAAGACUGUCCACAUAUUGCCAUAUCAUUGGAAGCAUCUAGUUGCCCGAUGUAUCCCAAUCAUUGUCGGGAUGACUAGUGCUGGUGAAAUUGUGUUGUUGGAACGUUAUCUAGAGAAGCCUUUCUACAUGUACUACUUCGAUAUAGUGAAGAGUAAUGUCUUACGAGUGGAAAUCGACCUCGGAACUGUAGUUUUGCCGAAGAAUUUUUACGACUCACCAAGAAUUGAUGCAUUGAUAAACCAUGUCGAGAAUGUAGAGCUUAUGGAUUAG